CAAAUUUCAAAUCUUUUUUGUGUUGCUUCUCUUCUUCUCCCUUCUGUCGCCCCUUCCUACAACCCUAUCUACCGAUUUAAUCAAUUUCAGUUUCCUGUUUGUAUUUGCUGGAUCUUUGUUUUUGAAUUUCAUUUUCGGCGGUUGAGUAGGAUUGGCGGGAAAUGGCGGCAGCGGAGGGUGAGAAUAAGGUGGUGGAGGAGGAGGUGAAGGGAGGGGAGCUGCUCUUUUGCGGAACCACGUCAUGGGAGGCAAUGGGCCGUCGCAGGACCACGCCGGAGGAGAAUUUGGCCUCCCCGACGAGGCUGCGCCCGCUUAUGGGUGUGGAUAUUCGAUUUGUUGCCUCUGGCUGCGUAUCUUGCCACUGUGUGGCAUUGGAUGUGAAUGGGCGUUGUUACACUUGGGGUCGCAAUGAGAAAGGGCAGCUUGGUCAUGGUGAUUACAUCCAGCGAGAUAGGCCUACAUUUGUUUCGCAAUUGUCCAAGCAUAACAUAGUUAGAGCAGGGGCUGGUAGGAGUCAUUCCGUGGUAGUGACUGCGGAUGGUCUCUCAUUUGCAUUUGGUUGGAAUAAGCAUGGACAACUUGGUUCAGGUUCCACUAAAAAUGAGUGUGAGAUACUUCCAGUUCGUUGUCAAGUAACUGAAGUCAAAAGUGCUGUUUGUGGGGGUGAAUUUACAGCGUGGCUCACUUCUGUUGAAGGAUCUUCUAUUAUGACUGCUGGUCUUCCACAAUAUGGACAGUUAGGGCAUGGUUCAAACAAUGAGUAUAAUACCAAGGACAGCUCUGUGAGGCUUGCUUAUGAAGCUCAACCCAGGCCUAGAGCUAUAGCCUCUCUUUCAGGAGAGACUAUUGUAAAAGCUGCUUGUGGAACUAAUCAUACAGUGGCUGUUACUAAGGAUGGUCAUGUUUACACGUGGGGCUUUGGUGGUUAUGGAAGACUUGGGCAUAGAGAGCAGAAGGAUGAAUGGGCUCCACGUAUUGUUGAUGUUUUCACAAGGCAUAAUGUGUUACCUCCAAAUGCAAUUGUUUCAGCAGGUUCUGCCAACUCUGCAUGUACAGCCGGAGGUGGGCAGCUUUACAUGUGGGGCAAGAUCAAGAACAGUGGGGAUGACUGGAUGUACCCAAAGCCUCUCAUGGAUUUGAGUGGCUGGAACCUGCGCUGCAUGAAUUCAGGCAAUACACACCACUUUGUGGGGGCUGAUUCUUCAUGUAUUAGCUGGGGUCAUGCGCAAUCUGGAGAACUGGGAUAUGGACCUAAUGGCCAAAAAUCAUCAGCGAUUCCAAAGAAAGUGGACAUCCUAGAGGGAAUGCAUGUUAUUAGUGUUGCAUGUGGAUUUGCCCUUUCCCUGGUGGUGGUUGAUAGAACCAAAGAUGCUGCAAGAAUUGAAGAGCUUGAAGUGCAUGAUGGUAAAGCUGCAGAAGUAAUUGAACCAACUGAUAAUGGAGCUGAUGUGACCGAGAAAGCUCCAAAGAAGAAUAAUGCAAAAAAGCCUCAAAACUCAAAAAAGAGGAAGAAUGAAAGUUCUUCUGAGGAUGAGGAGGAUAACAGUGACUACGAGAGCGAUGACAGUGAUUCACUCAAUGGCGAAGCAGAACAUGGAAGUGGGAAGAGCUCGGGUAGAGGGAGGGGCAGAUCUGCUUCAACAAAAAGAGGCAGAGGCCGUGGGAGGGGUCGCACUGCAUCUGAGACUGCAAGUGCUGGAGGAAGAGGUUCAGGUAGGAGAGGAAGACCUAAGAAGUCAUGAGCACGUCUGGAAUUGAUACAUCUUUAUUUAUAUUUUUUUCCUUAGAUUUAUGAAUUGUGCCUUUCUCUUACAAUUAUCUGGGAUGCAUUCAUUUUGAACAUGUUCCGAGUAGAAUGUCAUCCUAGAACAGGUAUGCAACCUUUGUAUGUGGUAGAAGGGAAGACAUUCGAUUCGAGGACUCUUUGUAUCUGACCUUUUUUUCUGACCAAAGAAAAAGGAAAUUAUGUAA